GGCUGAUAAUUUCGACACUUCAUUGAAUUACUCGCAUGUGGUCUACUCGCUGAUAACGCGCAUCGAUGAGUCUGUUCUGGUUUUUCUCAUUGUGAUGCUAAUCUGCGGCAUCGUCUAUGCAUUCCUGUUGUGCAUGCUAUCCAAGCCAGCUAUGAAUGAAAUAUUUCUCGUGCUCGUCUCGUACGUCAUUUUGGGCACGUUUCUGGCCAUUGAAAUAGCUGUUAGCUAUGCCGUGCAGCCCAGCAAAUCGUUUAAUGGCAGCGCCUGUUGCAUUGUGCUCAUCUACAUGACAUACACGAUGUUGCCGCUGCGUUUGCGUGAAUCGCUCAUCGGUGGCAUGCUGCUCAGUGGCACGCACCUGUACACCUGCCUGCACACACAGUACACGCAACAGGAUAAGCAGCUGGAGCUGCAGCAGGAGCUGACGCUGCAGUGGCAAGAGCUGCUGUGCACCUGCAUCGCCCUGAUGCUGGCCAAUCUGACGGGCAUCUAUACGCACUGGCCGAAGGAGAAGGCGCAGCGCAAGGCCUUCAUUGAGACGCGGCAGUGCAUCGAGGCGCGUUUGCGUACGCAGCGCGAAAAUCAACAGCAGGAGCGAUUGCUGCUGUCGGUGCUGCCGCGGCACGUUGCCAUGGAGAUGAAGGACGACAUUGCGGGCCAGCCACGUGACACACAGUUUCAUAAGAUUUACAUACAGCGACACGAGAAUGUCAGCAUCCUCUUUGCGGACAUUUGCGGUUUCACCAGCCUGUCGGAUCAGUGCACGGCGGAGGAGCUAGUGCGUCUGCUGAACGAGCUAUUUGCACGCUUUGAUCGAUUGGCUGCUGAGCAUCAUUGUCUGCGCAUUAAGCUGCUAGGCGAUUGUUAUUAUUGCGUUUCCGGUCUGCCCGAGCCCAGGCCGGAUCAUGCACACUGUGCUGUUGAGAUGGGACUCGAUAUGAUUGACGCUAUAGCGCUUGUGCGCGAGGUAAUGGCCGUGAAUGUGAACAUGCGUGUGGGCAUCCAUACGGGACGGGUGCACUGCGGCGUACUGGGCCUGGUCAAGUGGCAGUUCGAUGUUUGGUCCAACGACGUCACACUGGCCAAUCAUAUGGAGAGCGGCGGCAUACCCGGACGCGUGCACAUUACGAAGGAGACGCUCAAGUGUUUGGAUGGCGAUUACGAGGUGGAGGCUGGCAAGGGAGCCGAUAGAAAUUCCUAUCUCAAGGAUCAUCAGAUUGAGACAUAUCUGAUAGUGCCGGGCGAUAUCUACAGGCCGCACAAGAAGUCGCGCAAUCGCCUCCAGGUAAAUGGCAACAUAUCCAAGGAGCUGCGCAUGAUGGGCCAUGGCACAGCACAGAAGCACACAUCCAAAUUCGGAUUUGGUGACAGCUCGGAGAGUCACAAGGAUCCCGAGGAUGAGGUCAAUGAGUACUUGAUGCGCGCCAUCGAUGCACGGAGCAUAGAUCAUUUGCGGGCCGAGCACUGCCAGUCGCUGUUGCUCUGCUUCAAGAGCGCCGCGCUGGAGCACAAGUAUGCCAGCGAGCCGGAUCGCAUGCUUUGCGUUUAUUUCUACUGCAGUCUCCUCGUGCUGCUGGGCACCACACUUAUGCGCUUUGCGGUUUUUGACACCUCCACACUCUGCCUGGCGCUGUCCAUUGGCGCUUUGCUGCUGCUGCUUUUGUUGGUCUUCCUGAUGGCCUGUCACAAAAUCAAUUUGCAGCUGCCCAUCGUGAUAAAGCGCUUCUCAUUGCGUAUUCACAGCAAUCGCACCUUGUCACAGUUCUUCGCCUUUGCCACCGUCUCGCUGAUUGUUUUGACCACGUUGCUGGCCAUGCUGCAGGAAUCAAUGCGUCAACUGGAGCUGCUGCAUAAUGAAUGGCUCAUUCUGCAAUUCAACGUCAGCGAACUGGAACGGACGAAGCUGGGACUGGAGCCAGAGCAGCAGCUGCUGCCUGAGGAACGCUGUGAUUUCUAUUUGGCCUACAAUACAUUCCUGCUGUUAACGCUGCUCUCGAUGAUGUGCUGUGCCACGUACCAAGUGCUGCGCAUCCUGUUGAAGCUGCUGCUGCUCCUCUUGGCCGCCGGCAGCUACAUGGCCUGCUCCUCAUAUUUGUAUAUGAGCAGCAGGGAAAUAAGCGCCGACUUGGCCAAUGAGGAGGCCCUGCUGCGCUAUAUAAUUGAUUCAAUCUUCCUAUUUGCAUUCAUGCUCGCCCUGAUCUUCCACAGUCACCAAACGGAGGCCACCUACCGCUUGGACUUCAUCUGGAAGCUGCAGGCAACUGAGGAAAAAGAGGAUAUGGAGCAUUUGCAGGCUUAUAAUCGUAAACUGCUCGAAAAUAUUUUGCCCGUACAUGUCGCUGAGCAUUUUCUGAGCCGCGAAAAGCACCUCGAUGAUCUCUAUCACGAGCAAUGCGAUUCCGUUUGCAUUCUCUUUGCCAGCAUACCGAAUUUCUCCGAGUUCUACGUGGAGCUGGAGGGCAACAAUGAGGGCGUCGAAUGCCUGCGGCUGCUCAAUGAGAUAAUUGCCGACUUCGAUGAGCUGCUCAGUGAGGAACGUUUCCGUUGCAUUGAGAAAAUCAAGAGCACCGGCGCCACAUACAUGGCCGCUUCUGGCCUGACGGCGAACACCUGCGACCAGGUGAACUUUAGCCAUGUCACCGCAAUGGCUGACUAUGCGCUGCAGCUGUUCGACAAGAUUGAGGAGGUCAACAUGCAUUCCUUCAACAACUUUCGCCUGCGCAUAGGCAUUAAUAUUGGUCCCGUCGUUGCGGGCGUUAUUGGCGCCUGCAAGCCCCAGUAUGAUAUAUGGGGCAAUGCUGUGAACGUGGCCUCGCGCAUGGACUCCACGGGUCUGGUGGAUCACAUACAGGUGACCCAGGAGAUGCAGCAGCUGCUGGAGUGCCGCGGCUAUGAACUCACCUGCCGCGGCAGCGUCAAUGUCAAGGGCAAGGGUUCGAUGAUAACCUAUUUUCUCAAGGGCAAGGCGGAGCUGCCCGCGCCGCCGGAGCAGCCCGCGCCCACAGUCGCCAUGGAGCAGGAGACGGCAAAAGAGGCGCCGGCAGAGACAACGCCGGAGGCGCCGCCAGCCAUAGAAGCCACGGCAGCCGUAGAGGCACAACCACACCAGGAAGAGGAAGAUAACAAUGAUGAUGAUGAGGACGACGACAUUGAUCUCAACUCGAACAUGCAAAACUUGACCGCACAACGCCGCAAAUCUCUCUGCCGGCAGCACAACAUCUCCUCCUCGUUCGGCACCAAUGUCAGCUCCACGGGCAUUACUCCCAGCAUCUCGAACAGCUCCAGCGUGGUGACUAUUGGUGCGCUGCCCGCGCUGAUGCGCAAUGUCGAGAGCUGUGCCACGCCCACAGUGCCGCCCAGAACGCUGGUGGCGGAGCUAAAGGAGGAGAUCACGCGCGAUGAGAAGAGCGCAUUGAAGGACUCCAUCGAGAAUCUAGAGAUUCUGCUUAAGAACAACAUCAGCCUCUCGGAUCUGAGCAACAAGCAGCAGCAGAAUCUGCGUGGCGAGGUGGUCAGCUGCAGCAGCUCCGCGACGGCCACGCUUCGCAAGCGGGACACCAUCGUCAGCUUCCAUGUGACCGAGACGCUGACCACAACGGCCGCGUUCACACAGCAGCAGCGCAAGCGGCGCUCGGUGAGCGCCAUGGCCACCAGCUGCACCACCAGCAGCAGCUCGACCACCACCACGACACGUCUGCUGUCCAAUGAGAGUCAGAGCUCCACGCACACGGCACCCGGCACGCUGGAGAGCGGUGGCAAGGCAGCCGAAUGCCUGCGCGCUGGCUUGGACACGGAUCCGUUUCCGGAUGCGGAUACAGAGGCGGGUCAGGGCCACGCGCACGAUUGGCAGCCACGCACGGCCAGCCUGGAGCCGAAUCGCAGCCCCAUCAAGACAUCGCAAUCAAUGAGUCCCAUCGGCCUGGCCACCGAAGUCUUCGUGCUGCCCAACAGCCGUAGCAUGAUCCUCAUCAGCAGCACGGGAAGCGGCAGCGCCAGCGGCAGUCAAGGAGGCAGCAGUCCCAGGGCAGGACUGCUGCAACAGGUUAGCACGUAAAUAGACGCUGGUGGUGGUGGUGGUUGUGGUUAUGGUUUCCAAAGCUCGCAAUGUGUGUGUAAAUAUGUAUAAAUUGCGGCCGUCUGCAGAGAGACAGUGACGUUGUCAGGCUGGGGGAUUAGAGGAUUGGCUGCCCCAAUAUAUAUAUAUAUAUAUAACAUAUAUGCCCAUCAAUAUUUCAUCCCCCGAUUGAAUUGAUCUCGCAUUUGUUGUUGUUCCUUAUAAGAGCUCAUAUACGACCAGGUGGCAACCCUGCAUAUCAUAGCAAAACGAAUUUGCAACAAUUUUAGAACUUAGGCAGUACGAAAAACCUUUGCUGUUGCCAUAGGCUAGAGUUAAGGGUGGAAGUCAGGUUCCUAUUGUAGUCUUAGACAGCGGGCAGCCUAGAGAAGUGAAACAACUGAAUUUAAACUCAAUUUACAGGGUAUGUAAACUACUAAGCUCUGUUACAUACAUAUAUCGAACUAUGCAGAUAUAUGUUGCAGCUAUUCCAGUCAAUUUCAAAUACUAAAAUGCAAAUAGAUUCAAGUAACAAAUAUUUCUGUGAAACAGUUUCCAUAUACGAAUCGACAACUCUCAACUUAAAGUUUAGUUUUCAAGUUUUUCGAACUAGUUUCAAUUGAAGGUGAGUUCGUAAUUGGAACUGCGCUUAUUUGAGUAAUUGAAUAAGUUCAAAGCCAAUACCAAAACUCAAACUGUUAACGCGCUUUAUGUGUAUGUUAGUAUUAUAUAUAUAUAUGUGUGUGUGUGUGUGUAUGUGUAUUUAAUUGAGUGAGUGUGUGUGUGUGUGUGUGCAUUUGUGAACGUCUCAAUGUUGCUGAAAUCAACACUAAAUUUGAAAUACUUAAACUAUGUAUAAUACAACAAAUACUUCAACUGAACUAAACCAAAGAGCAGAUAUACCAAAAAAAAAAAAAAAAACAAACAGAUUACAAAAAUCAAUUCUCGCUGUGAUUUCUAUUAUAAAUGUAUAGAUUAUUUUAUAGACUUGUGUUACAUAGUUUUAGCUUAAAACUCGAAAGCUUCAAUGCAAAGAUGUUCCGAGUUUCGAUUUCGCAAAUGUCGAAAUUAAGGCGAAAUUGCAAUUGGGAACAUGUUUGCAAAAAUUGUAUUACGAUAUCUCUUCGACUGGCGCCAACAUGUGCCCAAUUUUGAAUUCGUCACAAAAAAGUCUUGUUGAAAUUGAGGCGAUAUUGCAAUUGGGAACAUGCUUGAUGUGUUGUAUUACGACAUCUCUUCGACUAGCGCCGACUUUAACUAUAAUUUAACUAAGUUUUUCUACAAAAUGGCAGCUGUCGUAGCUCUACUGAAUAUAUAUAUACGAAACAUAUAUGUGUAUGCAUAGGAUAAAACAUAUAUCAAAGUACAAUUGUGUCAAUUUAAGUGGAAAUGUUUAAUGUUUAAUGUUUAACGUAGUUCGCUGUUUGUUUCAUUUAAAUUCAAUUCAAUGUUAAUUAUUGUAAAUGUCUCUCGCAAAUGUUGUUAAU